AUAUAUAUAUACAAACCGCCAUAGUCUUGUUUGAUGAUACCUUUGAUAUUUUAAAUUACACCAGGUUACUGUUCACCACUGGAUGUCGGAAUACUCAGGGGUCGGAAUGGAAAGUUUUCAUUAUUUGCAAUUAAUUCAUUGUGUGUUGAAUACCUCAGUGACGUGUACAGUCCUCGACAUGUGUCCAUAUCUAAAAUAUACUCCAACCAGUCUUACCUCUCAUAAUGCAGUAAAUGUAAUGUACUCCACUAUAUACUUUACCCCAACAACACUCUCUUUAAAACCCUUUUGCACCUCUUUCCCUUCUUCCUCACCCAUCCUCUUCUCUUCCAUAUACCUAUAUCUACAUUUGUAAAUGCAAAAUAUUAGCCAGUGCCGUCCAAUCGCCGUUUUACAAAGAAAGGAGACAGGUUAACAUACAAAUACCUUGUACUUGUUUUCGCAUCCUUUAUGUAUAUAUCAUGUUUGUAUAACUGGAAUAUUAUACCGAUAAUAAAAUAAAGUUAAAACUAAAUAUUUUAAAACUUCUGAAAUUUAUUUCUCGAAUCAUUUAUCAGUUAUGCUAGUACUGUAUAAACGAAUAGAAAAUGUGUGUUUUUAAUUAAAGGAAUCUGAAUCAGAUAUCGGGUGUAUCGCAUGUAAUUAUAUACUACGUAUACUCUAGACCUAGCUACAUGUAACCAAUCCAUGACUGGAUAAUAUCUUCAAAGCAUGGUACAAGUGCAUUUACAUUUGGACGUUUUGUUUAAACUCUUAAAACAAUACAUCGUGAGCUAGGUAUAAACUAUUUGUAGACAUGAUUUUUUUAUAUCAUGUUUACAGAUAUUUUAAUUAUUUUAUAUACGGAACUACACAACUUUUCCUUAUAUAUAAGACAUAAGUAGGUCCAUGGUAUGAUUGUACCCGGUUGUGUUACACCAAAAUAUAGUUAAAUGUGGUAUAUAUAUACUCAGGUAAAAAAGGAAUUACCUGAGAAAGGUGAAUCACCUAUUUAUAAUGAGACGCGGUCAUGCGUAAGAGAACGUCACAAGCUAGAUAAUUUGAACGGGGAGCUUUAACUAGGACCAGCUGAUCACCAAGCAAGUAAUAUAUACGUACCUCUGGGAUUUACCGGAAACACGAAUCAUCACGAGUAACGAUGGGAUCCCGAACCCGAGGGGAUGAAAAUGGACCCUCCAAGGAAAAGACACAUGCUUACGACAACAAGGGAAUGGACACGUCCAGUGUCUACACCAUAGAUAGCUCCCAGCAGAUCGGGGGUUCCCGGGACACGAUCACAACAGGAACCCCGGGGCGGAGGGGCUCCUUCUCAUCCGCUAUGGAAUCUAGUUUGCAGGGGUCAAAAUCUUCUCUUCCCUCCCUCCCUCAGUCCUCAGGCAAGCCCAGUGUGGCCGCCUCCACAGCCGAGCUGAUGGAUGGGAGCGGCGGCUCCUCCCAGGGGGAGGGGGAGAGGGAAACUUGGGAUAACAAGGCCCAAUAUAUUCUGGCUGUAGUAGGUUACGCAGUGGGACUCGGCAACGUGUGGAGGUUCCCCUACCUGGCCCAGAAAAAUGGAGGAGGUGCCUUUCUGAUUCCUUACACCAUAAUGCUGGCCAUAGAGGGUAUCCCAAUUUUCUACCUGGAGCUGGUGGUGGGUCAGCGCCUGCGUAAAGGUGCUAUAGGCGCGUGGAACCAGGUGUGUCCCUACCUUGGAGGUAUCGGGAUCGCCAGCUGUUUUGUAUCCUUCUGGGUGGCUCUAUACUACAAUACUAUCAUCGCCUGGUGUAUCUACUAUCUGGUACAGAGUUUCCGGGACCCUUUACCUUGGGCAAGCUGCCCGGAAGUACCAGACGCAGUCAGCGGUGGUAGUAAAGUGGUGACGGAGUGUCAGAUGAGUGAUCCCCGGUCGUACUUCUGGUAUCGCGAAGCCCUAAACAUCUCUCCCUCGGUGGAGGAGGGAGGCGAUCUCAACUGGUGGAUAUUGGUCAGCCUCAUGGUGGCCUGGCUCAUCGUCUUCCUCUGCAUGAUCAAGGGCAUCGCCUCCUCAGGAAAGGUUGUCUACGUGACUGCCACAUUCCCGUACCUAGUGUUGGUCAUAUUCUUUUUCCGCGGUGUGACGUUGGAGGGCUUCUAUCACGGUCUGGAGCACUUCUUUGUACCUGAUUUCAAACGUCUAGGAGACCCUCAGGUGUGGUUGGAGGCCGCCACCCAGAUCUUUUUCUCACUGGGGCUUGCGUUUGGAGGCUUGAUCGCAUUCUCUUCCUACAUGCCUGUUCGAAACAACUGUUACCGGGAUGCCCUGUUUGUAUCUAUCGUCAACUGCGGAACCUCUGUGUUCGCCGGCAUCGUCAUCUUCUCCAUCCUAGGGUUCAAAGCAACUCGAGCUUACGACGGGUGUUUGGAGAACCGGAACUCGGAGCUGCUACGGCUGUUCAACUCCACAUCAAUUAUUCCUCCGCCCGAGGGAACCCUUAUCAAUGUGACCAAAUUUGACCCCCACCUCCAGAUUUGGGGCUCUGUACUGACCAGCAUGCCAAGCAUCACUUCUUGUGAUUUCAAGUCUGAAAUAGAAAAGUCUGGCUCUGGUACAGGGCUUGCCUUCAUUGCCUUCACGGAAGCUGUCACACAGUUUCCGGCUGCACAGUUUUGGGCCGUGCUGUUCUUCCUGAUGCUGCUCACCCUUGGACUAGACAGCAUGUUUGGCACGCUAGAGGGCGUUAUCACUUCAAUUGUUGAUAUGAAUCUGGUCACGAACCUACGAAAAGACUUCCUGGCCGGGUUUAUCUGUCUUGUUUCCUUCAUGAUCUCGUUCUGCUUUGCAAACCAAGCGGGACCGUAUAUAUUCACCCUGUUUGACGAGUUCAGCGGGAACAUUCCUUUACUGGUCAUCGCUCUGGCCGAAGUCAUCGGCAUUGCAUAUGUAUAUGGUCUGAAAAGAUUUGGGGACGACAUCCAGCUGAUGACAGGCCAGAGACCUAACUGGUACUGGUUGACGAUGUGGAAGUACGUAUCGCCUGCCGCCAUGUGUAUCAUACUCCUCGCAAGCGUCGUCAAAAUGGCCGUGUCUGGCACCUUUUAUGACGCCUGGUCGGCUGUCGAGGCAGACACGGUAAAGCAGCAGUGGCCAGCCUGGUGCAAGUUUCUCGCCGCCUUUUUGAUACUGACCUCGACACUAUGGAUACCAGUUGUUGGCGUUUUGAAAUAUUUCAAUAUUGUCAAGUGGAAACCGGAGGUGCCUGCAGAAUUUCCUGAAGAAGAUUUAAUUCAGGAACGAAAUAUAAAACCAUAUAUUCCUACAGACUGGGAACGAAAACUUUUUUACUGGAAGGAGAAGUUAUGAUGACGGCUAUAUAUAGCAUCAAACAUAUAAUUUACAAUAUCUUAGAAAUCCCGUUCUCAAAACUGUAUACUCGAAUGUAUAUCGAUAAUUUCUGUUCUCGUUGGAAUCCUCUACAAAGAUGCUUUCAGCUUUCCUUUACAAAGACCUAUGCAGUAUUUUUUAAUAUUUUGUCUUCAAAGUUGUUUUUAUAAUUAUAUAUAAUCUAGUAAUGUAUGGAAUAGAACGAUAUAGUGCAAUACACUGGUAUGACAUUGGGUGUCCAGGCGAGACAACUCAAACACAUCUAUACUGGUUGAACAUCCUGAGUCAUUCUAUAUUUAGAGUUAUAGUGGCGGAUCCAGAGAAAAUUGAGGAGAUGGUGAAAACACAUGAUUUUUAAAGAAAAAAUUCAGGGGGGUGGGGGGGUGGGGUGGUCCUGAAGCUCCCCCCAAAAAACUCUGGAUCCGCCAAUGAGAUCUCUUAUUCAGACGAAGGACGACUAAACAAGAUACAUACAGUAUAACGAUCGGUAUUACACAUAUACUCUGUUGACACAGUCAUUUUGCCAAUAUUAACGACUUACAGAGACACACAUCAUAUCCGGAGUGAUUUAAGACGACAUUUAAUGAGGUUUUUUAUUAUCAUAGUAUCAUUUAAACCCGGCAUAAGGUUUUUUGUCUAAAACACAAGUGCUCGGCCUACAUUAUCAUAACAAUGUGCAAUUUUAAUGGAUAUAGAAAGUACCAUUAACAUGUACAAAUCUUAUUUUUUACCAAAAAAAUCAUGUUACAUCUGGAUAGUGUGACAAUAGGCGUACUUCGUGUUUUAAUUUGGGAAAAAGAAAUGUGUCAUGGUCGAAUGAAUACCUCAAAAGGACUCCUAUUUUCUAGUUGUUUAUAUUCUCCUUUAAUGUUUAAAAAAAAGUAUUUUCAUUUAUUCUAACAAUUUCUAUUUCUUACGAAAAAAAUGAUAUUGGAGACUUUGAUAUCAUAAAAGAUUAUGUAGCCUACAGGUGUAAAAUAAGGACUCCCUACGUAACGAUAAGAGAAAUAAUUGGAUCGUAACUUUUAAAUAAUGUCGUUUGUGUAUGACAUUCACUGUUGAAAAUGGCAACAAAACUCAAGGAGUAAUGCCAAUCUUACCGUACAUAUUAUAUAAGAUAUCGUGUAUGUUUAUGAUAAAUAUUUUACAAGAUGUCAUAGCAUAUGAACUUUAUAAUGUAAACGUUAUAUAAAUUGAUGAGCCAUAGGAUCGACACUGCUCAUUGAAUACACGGUAACUUUUGCUUGCCAUAAUUUGGUGUGAUAUUUGUUAUCGUGCAUAUUACAAUGUAUUAAAUACUCAACCGGUGAGGAUUCUCAAAGUUAUAUUUUAUACCUGUGAUUUAUCUUUUACAAAAGAAAUAAAGAUAUUG